CUGAACGCACCGAGAAGUUUCUGCUCCACUCUUUGUUCGGACUUGUGGACCAGGCAGGCUCGGCUCGGCUCGGCUUGACUCGGCUCGGUUCGGCUCGGUUCGUCCAGCAGGAUCGGAGAGAGACCCGCAGAAAGUUUGCGGGUCCAGAGUCCCGCUGUUCUGCAGCUCAGAAUGAAAGUUUGGGGCUCCUCUGUGAUCAGGAUGAGGACGGACCCGGUCCCGGAGUGAUGGAUGAGUGCCAGAAUGAGACUGACGUGGAUUAUCGACGCUUAUUGAUUAAUCGACUAGAGUGACUUUUUGUUUACAUGCCCCCCGUCUCUGGUUCCGGUGCUGUGCUCUAACAGAAGGCUCGCGGAUGUUCGGCGGGUCCUCUUGUCGCGCGCAGCCGCACAUGGAGCGCACCGCACGCGCUCUGCUGCUGCUGCUGCUCGGCCUCGUGCUCCCGGUGAGCUGCUCCGUCACCGAUGACCGGCUCAUCUCUGACCGCUACGCCGUCUACUGGAACAGCUCCAACCCCAGGUUCUUCCGUGGCGAGUACACGGUGGAGGUGGCGAUCAACGACUACCUGGACAUCUACUGUCCACACUACGAGGUGGCCGAGUCGUCGGAGCGGAUGGAGCACUACAUCCUGUACAUGGUGAACUACGACGGCUACACCACCUGUGACCACCACAGGAAGGGCUUCAAACGCUGGGAGUGUAACCGCCCACUGAGCCCCAACGGACCGCUCAAGUUCUCCGAGAAGUUCCAGUUGUUCACGCCAUUCAGCCUGGGCUUCGAGUUCAGGCCGGGACACGAGUAUUACUACAUCUCGUCUCCACAUCCAAACCUGGCCGGGAAACCGUGUCUGAAACUGAAAAUCUACGUCAAACCGACCAACGACUCGGUGUACGAGUCCCCAGAGCCGUUCCUGACAGACGACACCACUGGCGGCUGCGGACUCGCUCUGCCCCGCCUCCCCUUGCUGUCGGCCAUGAUGCUCGCCCUCCUCCUCAUGCUCCUCCUGGCCUCCUCAUAGCACCGCCUCCUUCUCCUUCUUCGUCUCCUCGUCCCUCUGAGGAGGCCGAAAACAGGUCCAAACUCCGGCCUCCACCUGAACACUACGCAGCAGCUCAGCCAAUCAGAGGAGGCCGGGCUAACUGGUGGGAGGAGCCUGGAGCUGCAUUUGGAGUUUCUGAAGCUCUGUGAUUGGAUGGCUGGAGGCUCCAAUGACUCCUGUGUUUUUAUUCAGAUUUUUCCUCCGAUACUCCUCAUUUCAUGCAGAUUUAACUCUGCUCAGACGUCCAACAUCUGCAUCAACAGUGCCACAGAGACCUUUUAUUUUACUUUGACGUCAUGUUACCUGAGUUUAUACAUGCCAAAACCUUGUUCUGCUGGGGGUUAACACUUUUCCUUAAAACUCUUUAUAUUACACAAAUAAGCCAGAAUUAAAGGGCCACAUCAGUGUUUAACAUCAUGUUACUGCUCAUUAGACCUCCCACUAAAACCUUAAAAACUACUUUUGUUUAAAUCUAAAUGAACACACGCGGAGAGUCUGGGGGCUCUAAAGUUCAUACACAGGGGGUGGAGCUGAAGUUUGUUGGAUAAAGAUGGCAGAAGAUGUUCUGAUCUGAUAAACUUUGGAUUUUUACCUGAUUUAAUUUGACCAGAUUCAGGAUGAUAGGCAGUGAAAUCAGGGCUUUAUCCAUUCAAAUCCAUCAAUAUAAUCUCAUAAUGUAAGUCUUAUUUUUGGGAUCAAAAUCAUAAACCUGCAUCUGUCCUGAAAAGCAAGAUUCUAAUCUUGCAACAUAAAUUCCAAAAAAGUUGGGACAUUGUGUAGAAUGUGAGCAAAAGUCAGAGUACAGAGAUUUACAAGUCCUUUUAAGCUUUAUUCAACUGAAUACAGCCCAAAGCCAAUGUACUAAGUGUUAAAACUGAUUAAAUUUGUUUUUUAAUUUGCACUUAUUCCUUAUUAGGUGGCUUUCCAAAAAAGCUGGGACAGAGGCAAAUUAGACUGGGAGAGUUGUGGGAAAAAACACCUUGAACAUCCCACAGUUUAGUGGUCAUUUAGAAGCAGCUAAUAGUAGCAUGAUUGGGUAUAAAGGAGCUCUCCUGAAAGGCUCAGUUCUCCUCUUUGUGAAAGACUGUGUGGUCAAAUAGUCCAACAGUUUAUAAGUGAGGUUCCUCAGUUUUAAACUGCAGAGUUUAGAAAUUCAACUGUCUUUAGUCCAUAAUACCAUCAACAGAUCCAGAGAAUCUGGAGAAAUCUGAACACGUAAGGGGAAAGGCUAAAAACCAACAUCAAAUAUCCGUGGCCUUUGACCCCUCAGUCGGUGCUGCAUUAAAAGCCAUCAUCUUUCUGUGAAGAAUACUACAAUGUGGGCUCAGGCGCACUCCAGAAAACCAUCAGCAGUUAACACAGUACAUCACUGAGGCCUUGUUUACACGAUGUUUUGCUUCGUUUUCCGUUUUCAUUUCCAAAAAGUUCCCUGUUUACAUGGCACUGUUUUGAAAAAAAUCUCCAUCUACAUGAGAACGCAGGAAACAGAAAAACGCUGUAGUAAGGUGAUUUACUGCACAAUAAAACUGUCUCUACAACAAGGACAGUGUUUUACGAGUGUUUUUGAGAAUAUGUAACAUUUUUAUCAUACACGUGUGCAUCAGAGUAAUUCAUUACUAAAUCCUCCUCCUCAUCACCAUCGUAGCGCGGCAGUGAAAUUUUACAGCACAUAUAAACACAAAAAUGCAUUGCAAAACCAGUCUUAUUAUAACAAAAUCCUAUUAAGACUGUUUGAUUUUCUAGGGACAAAUUUUUCUCCUAACGCCUUUGAUUUCUCGUGGAUUUUCUCCAAAAGUGCAGCGCUUCCUGCUUUUAGCACAGCAAAAGAAUGACAGCCUUUUCAGAACAAUUUUUCUACUUCCCCUUUUUCAAUUUUAUCUGCUUCUUGGAAGUGAUUAACUAUCUUUUUUAACCUCAACACGGAAGCUUUAAUCCUGUCUCCAUCAGCUGUGCAUUGAUAUGUAGCCGGUGGAGGAGACAGGGGACUCUACGGGCUGAAGUUAAGUUAUUAAAACUUAAAGAAAAAAAGAUAAAGUCUAAAUCAUUUCCAAGAAGCAGAUAUAUAGGAAAAUAGAAAUAUCAUACUACAAAAGGCUCAUGUGCAGCGCCCCGCUUUAUGAGAAAAAAAAGUAAUCAUUUCCAAAAUUAAUAGCAUGACUUUAUCUAAAGAAGCUGGCACUCAUAGCCCUCUUCACGAGAAUAAUGCAUCCCCUUUUCUAAAUCCAGCUGUCUGUGACGUGACAAGCAGUGAACUACAUCAGACAGAUCGGCUCUAGAUGCCACGACUGGGUUCAGAGUGCUGCGACACUUGUGCUUGACGGCUGAUUGCAGCCGUAGUGUGCAUGUGCGUUUUCAGAAAGUGUUGUUGUCCCUGUUUACACGGAGACGGGGGCAUUUGAAAAACUUCCACCCUGGAGCCUGUUUCCAAAUUAUUCAGUUUUCAGGCACCAAAACGGCGUUCUCGUGUAAACAGACAGCCAAAACGCUAUAAAAGUUUUGCGUUUUCACCUGAAAACACUGUUGUGUAAACAGGGCAUGAAUCUAUUAAUGUGAGUUAAGACUCUACCAAGGAAAGUCAAAGACGCAGAUCAACGACUGCUAGAAGCUUCUCUGGGCCAGAGGUCCUCUGAGAUGGGCUGACCUCAAGAGUAAAAAGUGUGCGAUGGUCUGACGAGUCCACGUUUCAGAUUGUGUUUAGAAAUAAUUCGCGGGUUCACCAGGCUGAAGAGGAAAGGGAUCAUCCUGAUUAUUAUCAGUGCAAAGUUCAAAAGCAUCUGUGAUGGUGUGUGGCUGUAUUAGUGCCCAUGGCAUGUGUUACUUACACAUCUGUGAAGACAGCAUUAACACUGAGAGGUAUAUGCAGAUUUUGACGACGACCCUGCUCAUUUCAGCGAUACGAUGCCAGGACACAUUACAACAGCAUGGCUUCACUGUGAAAGAGGGCGGAGCCUAGACUGACCUGCAUGCAGUCCAGACCUGCACACAUUAGUGUCUGUGAGGGUCUGAGGACUGAAGAGUGUUGUUAGAAGAAAAGGUGAUGUGACAGUGGUGAACACGCUCAUGUCCCAACUUUUUUGGAACAUAUUGCAGGCCUCAAAUUCAGAUUGUGUGUACACAUCCAAAAAAAAAAAAAAAAACAGUGAAGUUUAUCGAUUUGAACGUUGAUAUCUUGUCUUGUGCUGUAGGAUUUGCAAAUCAAUGUUCUCACAGUGUCCCAACUUUUUUGAACUGGGGUUUGUACUAACUUGAUCAGAAUUUUAUAUAAUGUGUUUUAUUGGAGCUCAUGAUUUCCGCUUUAAGAUCUGCACACAAAACGUAAUUUAAUAUUUAAGCUUUAAGCUGUUAGACAAGAAGACGGAUGUUCAAUAAGAUUAUCUGAUAAAAUAAACUUCAAUAUCAACAUUUAAAUCAUUGAAAAGAAAUUAUAAAAUCGAAAGAAAGGGAAAUCAGGGUGAUCAAUAAGUGAAUAAUCUGCUUUUGUAUGUCCUUAUGACAAAUACAUAAGAUUAAUUUAUUAAAAUUAUAAACAGUGAAUAAAUGAGCAUAAUUUAUUAUACUGUAGAGUGUGUACGGAAGCCUUAAAGUCUCAAAAUGAAAGCUUUAAACUGAUAAAUCUAUGAUGAACAGAUGCCUUAUUUUGGACGGAGAGGGUUUUAUGGAGCAGACGGUGUAAACAUGCUGAUGUGGUCUUUUAGUAGAAGCAGUGUUGUAAAUAUGGUGCUAAAUUAAUGUAGUGAUUAUUUACCGAGGUAGAAAAAGCAGACAGGAUCAGGUUCAAACAUCAGGUGAGGGUGAGUAAAGCAUUUCAGCCGACAGUUUUAACAUUCAGAUUUAUUCUCCUCCUGAGGGGAAAUAUGGCGGUCAAAACCAUGAUGUUUGCUCUUCAUCACCCCCUUCAUCGCCUCAUGUAAAACAGAAACUCGCAGCGGUCACCAGCUCUCGGUCAAUAUCAGAAUUGUAAACUUUGAUAUGACUCCAGUAAAAAUAAAACAUACACCUGUUUGACUCAAUAGCAACAAAAACAGAAGUCCUAGACAGCCAGCAUUGUUUUAUUUAUUAUUCUUAAUUCCCCAAAGUUGCAGACAAACCUCUGCACAUUGUCUAAGUUGCACUUGUAUGCUGACGACGUGAUUUUGUGCUGCUCAGUCUGCAGAAGUUUGCUGCAGAUUCUUUCUUCUCCUACCUACAGCUGUCGUAAGAAACGGGCGUCGAUUUGUUCAGAUGCGUUUUGGAAACCAUGAGACUGAAAAGAAUCACACGGCAUUAAUCUAUACGACGUUUUCACAGGUUACAGUCACAGAAACAGCCCAAGCUCUCACACACUUGUACCUUUAAUUUGAGGAUGGAUAGACGCUCAGCAGCUCGCUAUCAUCAGUUUGAUUUAAGAAGCAAUAAUGAGACAACUGCAGAAACUUUUGCACAUGUACUCCAGCUGUUUACUUCUUAAUUACAAUGGAAAUAUUUGUGUAAGAGUUGUAGAGCAUCUCCAGAGUCUGGUUCUUUAUUUCAAACACACUCGCUGCUUUCAAAGAAACUAAAGAAAAACACAGAAAGUCCCUCAGUGCUGCAGCCUAAAGACACAAAUUCAAUCCACCAGAGAUUAAAAGUUAUGCACAAAAAAAUCUCUAAAUAUAUUAUUCAUAAAGUGUUUGUUCUUCUGGGAGCUCCAUGGUGGAGUCACUGAGGUUUAUUUAAAUAAAUAUGAGUAAAAAAAGCAAAAAAAUACUAUAAAAUAUAUUUAAAUGGGGCAUUCAUUUAUAAACAAUGCAAUGGUGGCAUCCAGCAGGUUGUAGAUACAGUUAGAGGAAACUUCUGCACCAAAAAUGUGGUAAAUACAGUCUGAAGAUCUCGGUUUGGAAAUUAAAUACAUUUAACAUUAAAUCAGAGAAAACGCCGCAGCUUUAAGGUUAACAGCUUCCGUCAGAAGGUGACUGCCAUACAUUCAGAGCAGUUUGCUAACUGUCAUUAAAUAACAAAAGAAGAAGAGAGCAGUCAUGCAGAGACACAAUUUAGGUGUUAAGAAGUUGAUAUGCUCCUAUUAACUUGAAAGAAAAUCUAAUUUCACUGAAGAUUUUUAUGUAAAUGAUCAGUUAAACAAUCUUUAAACUUGGUUUUGUCAAGUGAAUAAGUGGUAUUUAAAGGGAAAUUUCAGUAUUUUGUGAAGUUGGGUUGUAUGAGGUAAAAAGUGAUAGUAGUGCCAUUAUCCUCCAGAGAUUUCAGAGACAGGCCAGGAGAAGCUUAAGGCUGUACACUGUAGCAGAUGGGUACAGUUUCACCACAGAAUUGAGUGAGUUUUAGGUAAAAAUGGGCCAAAAAAAAAACAAAAAAACGAUGUUGGCUCAGCUGUAGGCUAUGAUGGAAAUUUUUGAAGCGUUUUAUUUUUCACUCAGAAACUUUUCACCUCUGUGUUUGGGACUAUUUUGCAAUAACAGCUUCAGCUGCCGGCUACAUGUUCUUCCACCUCGGCAUAUCUGAUCAGCUGUUUGGGUUUGCAGGCGUUGUCAGAGAAAAGACCACCAAUCUGAGCUCUAAAUAGUUAUUUCAGCUCAGUUUUUUUCAUCAACAGCUGACAAGAUGUUCUCGUUAGGUAACUAGAAAAGCACUCGGAGAGUGCAGACCUCCGCCAUUAGCCCUAAUGGCGGAGGUUUCCUGUGUGUGUGUGGGGGGGGGGCACAGUGAGGCAAAGCAUUGGCUUCGCUACGUGUGGACUGUCAUGUCAGUGCUCGCAUUGCAAAAUAGUUCGCUUAAAAAAGUUUUGAUAUAGUGUAGAAUUGAGCCAGCAUUGCUUUUUUUGACCCAUUUUAACCUUAAACUCACUAAAUUACACGGAGAAACUGUACCCAUCUGCUACACAGGGUGGUGUAUGGGUACAGCAUACAAUGCUCGCUGAACUCACUGGAGGCUGAUGCCUCCACUAUCAACAAGUAGCUCAACCAAAAUUCAGAAGUAUCAAAACAGUAAAAACCAGCCCAAAGUAAUGCUAAAUAAUUUAGCCUGUUAAUAGUUAAUUCCAUUAUGUGUUAGCAUCAAGCUAACCAACUGCAGUCAUCUAAUUUUCUCUGAAUAAUUCUGAUAUUUUUUGAAUAUUCUUAUUGAGAUGCAGAUCUCUUGGCUCCUUUCUGUGGCUGUGACUUACAUCUUUAACAAUCACGAAUAUUAAAAAAACUGAAUAUAUGAAUAAAAACAAUCGUCUGGGACUGUUCUCUCUCUCUCUCUGUCCGUCUUUGUCUCUCGCCCUCCUCCCCCCUCCAGCAGCAGACGGCCUUUCAUUUCUGUAAAUCUGCCAAAGACUUGUUAAACUUUUUUAUCAGGGGGAGGGUCAAGUCAACAGCAGCUACAGGGGUACCUGUGGCCCCGCCCACUUCUGCCACAAGGGGCGGGGUCGUUUUCAAGGGAGGGGUUGUGUUAUUUUCUUCUGAAUGUUUUUUUUUCUUUGUGGUAAAAAUCCAAUCGAAUGUUCU